UUCAAAUUGAUGGCCUUUACAGAACAGACCGCAUUUUGAAAUUUUCUAACGUGAUCUCUAGGGUCAUGACUUGUAUUUUCGCCUAAUUCGAGUAUCGGUGUACUACGAACACGAAUAAUUAAAUUAAAUAUUACAAGGGAAAGAAUAACAGCUAGUCAGCUAUGGACGAGACAUAUUUAUCUCGAAAAACUUACAUCUUACUUCUAAUUUACUUAUCAACAAGUGUUGGAAAUUUAGUAAAUCAAGCAAACACUGCAGUGACCAACGGCACGAUUGGAUACCUUGUGUGGUAUUUUCUAGCUAGUGUAUUUGUAGGCAUACCCUUAGCGUACAUGGAGUUAUCACUCGGCCAAUUCACUAGACGGAAUGUUAUCGAUAUUUGGAAAAUACGCCCGUGCCUAUCUCAUAUUGGGUACAUCGUUGUAAUAUGGCAAAUUAUAAUAUUAGUUUACAAUCACACCGUCGUCACCUACUUAAUGCAGUACUUUUUAGUCAGUUUCCAAAAACCAAUACCGUAUCACACGUGUGGUCAGUGGUCAUACCAGAAUUGCAACAUCAUAGAAAAAAAUUAUACAGUGUACUGGGUAUGCGUCAGAGGUAAACAAAAAAGAAUGGACUUUUGUAAUAAUAUUUACACCACAUACCCCGAGUAUCAAUAUUACCGUUCCAAUGCAAUGCAAACUCAAGAAAAUGCAAUUUCAUUGAAUUGGCGUAUAUAUCUCACGUCCGGAUUGGUUUUAGUCGUUGUGUACUUUCAUAAUUUUAAAAAGCUAAAUUCUGCAAAGUGGUUCUUAAUACCGUUCGCGUUAUAUCCUUACAUGGGUUAUUUUUACCUGUUUGUUGGCUCUAUGCAACAAAAAGGCCUAAUACAGAAAUAUGAAGACGCUUUAGAUACUGGACUACAGAAAUUCCGUCGGUCUGGUCGCAUUACCCAGAUAAUACAUCAAAUGAUUUACGGAUUGGGCCUUGGCAACGGAGUGAUGAUAAAUAUAUCGUCUAAGGCAGCCUUUCGAACUCCAUGCUACGUAAACGCUGUGCUGUCGGUACUUAUUUCCUUAUUUUUUACUAUAGUAGCAGUGUUUACAACGGCUUUGAUGUCCUGUCCUAUUGAGUACAAAAGCAUAAACCCUAUCUUGAGUCUUCCGAUGUCAUUUACGUUCGAGAAGGUCCCGAUGAUGCUUUAUGAAUACGAUAGCAACGAGUAUUUUCUUAUAACUAAUUACAGCGCACAAACUAUGCUAGGUAUAACCACGGAUAUCGUUAUAUUCUUCAGUUUAUUAGAAAUACUAACGAAAAAAGUACCAUUCGCUAGGCAUGUCGUGGCCACGGGCUAUUACAGAAUCAUGAAUAUAGUAUCUACUUUUAUCGUAAUAACACAGUGCUUUUGUUUCAUACUUUGGUAUGGGUUCGAAAGAUUUUCCGAAGACGUGCAUUUCAUGCAAGGCAUUAAGCCUAAUAAUUACUUGAAGCUAAGUUGGGCAAGUGCAAUUUUCGUUUUGGUCUACGUUAUCUUCAGUGAACUAUAUUUCGUAAUGAAAAAUCCUAGAGGUGUAGGUGACAAAAUCGGGUUCUUUACUCUUGUGACGUUCGUGGUACUUGUGGUAAGUUUGACAGGCAUCAAAUUACUAGUGGCCGCUUUAAAGAGUAAGCAGGCUUUUUGGAAAGCAAUCGAAAUAGAUCCCAGUUGGGGUCCUAAAAAUAAAUUGCUUCGUCGGAGUAGAGCCCUAUUUUCGGCUCAAGCUAUGACCAAAGAGUAUAUCUACAGGCAAUACCAGCUGCAAGCUGGAAUACAAGAACGUCAAAAACGUGCCAACCUGCGAGUGAACUAUGGUGAUGAACUCUCCACAAAUUAAGGCUGCGGCUCCAGAAGUAGCCGAAAAUAAUUAAAAAAUACGCAACUGAAUACUAUUUCAAUAUGUUAACAGCAACACGUGAAAAAAAUAGCCCAGUACAGAGCGUGUCAGUGGUAGUCCAAUACUUAGGGCGCCAUCAAACUAGACACUUGUAGAAGCGCCGCAACGACGUGUAAGUGGCGCUGCAGCCGCGACAAUACUUAUUACGCUUGUAUAGUUCACGAACUACGAACUAUUAGGAAUAUGUACACGUUCUUAAUAGUUCAUCCGUCUUUUUAGUUCAGUACCAUCUAGGAACAGUCUGCGUUGAUAGUUCACAUGUCUUUUAUUCAGUAGAAAUGGUGCGAGCAGGACAAUUAGCGAUUUUUCACUGCUUUUAGUACAAGUUCGAGUGAGAUGCAUGACUGAACAUUGCCAGCUCGUUUUAAAUCUCUAAUACGUACAUUAUGUAUAUAUGUAAACUUGUAAAAAAUUAAGUGCGCAUAUUUCUAGUAGGUAAGUAUUUUAUCUGUAUGUAUAAUAUCAAUCUACAUGUACAUGAAAUCGUUGUAAAUAUUAAUUUUUGAGCACACCAUUCUACCUAAUUAAAUUCCAUUAUUGUCUUGUAAAAAAAGGAUUGUUAGUUAGAAGGACAGUCUUGAACCCGUAGGGUGUGAAUCAAAUAGCACCGAUUCCAUAAAAAUUGUAUUUUUGAAUAUUAGAAAUCCGUAGUACGAAUAGUUCAUAAAAUAACUAGUUUGGAACGUUCGUUCAAUGUACGAGGAAGAACAAGACGAACUAAAUGAACUAGAAGACCGACCUACUUCAGUUGACCGAUUGAACUAGACAGGAUCGCUCCCUUUAUGGUCUAAACAGGCACAAGUUUACUCCUAAUUUUCAUACAAUAUUUAGAAGCGCAGCUGCAGCGCCACAUUCGCCCCACUUUUCUAAACUACACUACACAUACUACAAACACGCCGCUCCAGCGCUUCUUCACGCCUCUAAUUUGAAGACGCGCUUAGGAUUAAAAUAAUUUUAUGUUUACACUAUGAAAUUGGAGAUUGUUUGAAUUCAAUGAACUGAUUAUUAUAUUAUAAUAAAACGUCAAAUACUUUUUUCGUGUUUGA